AUGGGCGCAACCACUGCCAAGAAACUCCGGGAAUGGUCUGAGUGGUGGAACGAAGACUUCAGACACUAUUACUAUGUUAAAAAUAAUGACGGUUAUGAAGCAUCAUUGUGUCGCUUUACUUAUAAGUACAAGGGCAAAUACGAAGUUCAUUUCGACAAGGAGAAUGAGACUCUUCAUAUUGUGCUGCAUGAAGACGAUUACUAUCAUAAGGACGUGAACGCUCAGAAAAGAAUUAGAAAGGAACUUGAAACAGCAAUGGCGAAGGAAAUGCUUGGCUAUUGGGCAAAGGAUGAGGUAAGGCAUCGAGAAAGAGAUGAUCAGUUUGCACAAGCGGUGGAAGAGCACUAUCAAGAGCAGGAGGCUAAAGUACAGAGAUGA